UAUUAAAUUUGUUGUCAUGAUUAUUAAAAAAAUGUCAUAGCUUUAUCAAAAGACUAUGAUGCCAUAUAUGUCAAGCUUCUCACUUAUUGUACCAAAACGAAAGGCCACCAUACACUACUCAUUCAAAUCCAUCCCACCAACUCACAUCUAGAAGCAAUUAUAAGUUCAACUCUCUUUCUCUCUCCUUUUCUAUCAUCUAGAAGCAUUUGUGUAUAUAUAUAUAUGUGUGUAUAUUCCUCUCUAGCUUUAAGUCAAAACCCUAUAUAAACUAUACACCAAAGCUUUGAACCUUCAACCAAACCCAAAAUCCAAGUGCCCCACCAAAUGCUUCAAUCCUCUUCCACUACACAAAAAAACAACUUAAUCCCUUUAUACCCUUUUAGCCAAAACCCUCGCUAAAAGCCAAUCCCUCAAUAUAAAAUAACAAGUAGAAUUGAUCUGCCUAUAUAUAAGAUUUUGAGACGAAAUAAGAUCUAAACCACAAGAAAGAAAGUAAACAUAAAAGUAUGGGAAGGUCACCGUGCUGUGAGAAAGCUCACACAAACAAAGGAGCAUGGACGAAAGAAGAGGACGAGAGGCUCGUCGCCUACAUUAAAGCUCAUGGAGAAGGCUGCUGGAGAUCUCUCCCCAAAGCCGCCGGACUUCUUCGCUGUGGCAAGAGCUGCCGUCUCCGGUGGAUCAACUAUCUCCGGCCUGACCUUAAGCGUGGAAACUUCACCGAGGAAGAAGACGAACUCAUCAUCAAGCUCCAUAGCCUUCUUGGCAACAAAUGGUCGCUUAUUGCCGGGAGAUUACCGGGAAGAACAGAUAACGAGAUAAAGAACUAUUGGAACACGCAUAUACGAAGAAAGCUUAUAAACAGAGGGAUUGAUCCAACGAGUCAUAGACCAAUCCAAGAAUCAUCAGCUUCUCAAGAUUCUAAACCUACACAACUAGAACCAGUUACGAGUAAUACCAUUAAUAUCUCAUUCACUUCUGCUCCAAAGGUCGAAACGUUCCAUGAAAGUAUAAGCUUUCCGGGAAAAUCAGAGAAAAUCUCAAUGCUUACGUUCAAAGAAGAAAAAGAUGAGUGCCCAGUUCAAGAAAAGUUCCCAGAUUUGAAUCUUGAGCUCAGAAUCAGUCUUCCUGAUGAUGUUGAUCGUCUUCAAGGGCAUGGAAAGUCAACAACGCCACGUUGUUUCAAGUGCAGCUUAGGGAUGAUAAACGGCAUGGAGUGCAGAUGCGGAAGAAUGAGAUGCGAUGUAGUCGGAGGUAGCAGCAAGGGGAGUGACAUGAGCAAUGGAUUUGAUUUUUUAGGGUUGGCAAAGAAAGAGACCACUUCUCUUUUGGGCUUUCGAAGCUUGGAGAUGAAAUAAUAUUGUCAAAUUUUAGGCGUAACUGUACAAAACUUUUGCCUAGAUAAUUUGAAAGUAUAUCUUCAACUUGUAUGAGAAAUUUAACUGGUGAAUUAUAAUAUAUAGAAUUUGUUUUUUUUUCUCUUUUACAAAUUAACUCCAUUGGCAUAAAUAUUAAAUACCGG